AUGUCUCUGCUCGACCGCGUCUCAAGCACUGAUGAGCUAGAGGACCCGAAAAUCCCGGAUUCUGGUCUUACUGUGCGGACCUACAAGUCUUGUGCGGGAUGCCGGGCACGCAAAGUCCGUUGCAUCGUCGAGGAUAGAGCAGUCGGAGCGAGCUGUGUUCAAUGUCUGAAGUAUGACCUCAUCAAUGCUAGAGAUGGCCAUGAAUGCGUAUUUGAAGCCAAGAAGCGAUCCUACGAUACGAGCACUCGAACGAGGAAGGCUCGGGAGAAGCGAGCUCGGCUAGAAGCACCAACACCAGACACGACGACCGAGAAUCCGGCACACGAGCAUUUUGAUGUUCGAAGUUCGGCUGAUGCACUCCUUUUCUUGUCCGACGCGGCCGCAAGACACGGCAGCGAGGUUGAACCAUCAAGUGGCCAUGUCGAACCCGUCCAACACCCAGUCCUCUCAGCCGCUUCAGACAAUAGACGUGAGAGCGGGAUUUCAGGGUUGGCAGACGUUGAGGAAGAGCAGGUCAGGCUUGAAUCACCAGUCUCGCCAUGCGAGAAUGUCGACACACAGGAGAUAAUAGCGACCUUCCGCUGCCGCCUCUUCUGGGAGAACGUUGUUACGCCCAGCGAAGCCUUGGCUUAUGUCUGCUUCUUCUUCAGAGAUCUCUAUCCUUUCUUUCCCUUCGUACCAGAUGCCUACUAUACAUGCCUUAGUGCGCCUAACCCUGAUUUACAAAUAUUGCGCUGUCUGUUCGAGGAGGAGGACAUCCUGUUGGGAUGCCUUAUCACAGUUUCUAGCCGCUACUACCACCUCCCAAGGCAUACCAUCGGCGGGUACGAGAGAAGCUGUGAGACCCAUAAUAGUUGUUGGCUAUGGACAAAACGCCAGUUGGCCAGAGUGGUGUUCGAAGGCGCCAGGUCAAAGUCGCCUCUAUCGGUUGUUGAGACUCUGUUGAUGCUUGCUGAGUGGCUCCCCAAGCCCAUACACGCCUUUGUUGAAAACAACACCCCUGGCAGUGGAGUAUCGUCCACCCAACGAGCUGGCGAGCUGCUCCUCCAACCUGCUUUUCGAACGGACCGGGUUUCUUGGUCAUACGUCGGGAAUGCCUUUCUCCUGCUGCGAUCUCUACCCCCCAGUCGUAGGAUCUGCCCAAUCCUCCAGACCUCGAGCCGAUACCUGACCACUCUAUUCGGAUGCCUCAUCAUGUCUCAGUCGCUUGCUCGCCGUUUAGGUCGACCCGCUUUGAUGAAUUUUGAGGAUGUAGAUCUCACUCAGAUCAGCCAGGCUUUCCACGACCGCAACAUCAGGCUUCAUGGGUCGCAAGACAAUAACGAGGCCAUACCCAACCUGAGUUUUGGUAUCUCGGAUCAUUUCCAUGGCGCCUUUGUUGAACUGAUGAAGCUUUUGGCCCAUAGCCAGGAUGUCCUGCACCCACCUACGGAGGAUGGCAUUGUUGAACCCAAAACCGGUACGCCCCAGACGAACCAACGCUUAUUAGCGCUUUUGCAACACUUCGACAUGAUGAACCAAAACUGGAAGACGCAGUAUGAAGGUCUAUGGGAGAUCAACGCUCCUGGCAUGUCCAAGUUUUCGAGGACCAUGUUGAGGAUCGAUUUUGAGUACCUUCGGCUCUACGAGUUUUCUAUCAGUCUAGGCACGUAUCUCAAACUGGCAAAAAUAGGAAAGGACAUGGCAUCGCUUUCUGGCCGAAGCUCCGUUGAGCAACAAGAAAACGACUGGGAAUUCCCGCCAACUUCACUUGCCGACUACAUAGAGCAAGCUAUCGAUGCGGCAGAGAUUCUCCUUCGUUUAAUGCUGCAUUUCCACUCGCCUACAGGCAAGAACACGUUAAGAUAUGCUAGUUCGAGGCACUAUAUGAAAAUUGACGCUCAGAAUAACACAGGCCAGGCCUUACGAUCUGGUAUUCCCAGUAUAUCCUAUCAAACCGUUUUGAUUGCCACACUCAAGGAUACUGUAACAAUUCUCGAGAGGUGCAGCAUAGAUGCCGCGCACCCAGCUCUCCGAUACUCUAUUCUACUUAGGGGUCUCAUGAAAGAUCUGGUGCCAUCACAACCACCUGAAGCAUCUUCUUUGAUACCUCUUACGAUUGGGCCGAGGCAGUCCCAGAGCACAACACGAGAUGAACAGAAUUUGAGCUGUCCCUACCUGUUUAGCAAUGAAGUGAAUCCUGCCUCAACCCAAACCCGCCUUCAGGCAGAUUUCGCCGAUAGCGUGCCUCUAUCGAGUGCAGGAGUUUCCCAAUGGCCAUCUUCGACGGGGUACGCGGAAGGCAUCCAGUGGAGUGGAUUCGACACUUUGCCAACGCAGUGA